AUUGCAUUGCUUGUUUAUUUAUUUAUCGUUAUUUUACCAGGUAAGUUGACUGAGAACACGUUCUCAUUUGCAGCAACGACCUGGGGAAUAGUUACAGGGGAGAGGAGGGGGAUGAAUGAGCCAAUUGUAAACUGGGGAUUAUUAGGUGACCAUGAUGGUUUGAGGGCCAGAUUGGGAAUUUAGCCAGGACACCGGGGUUAACACCCCUACUCAUACAAUAAGUGCCAUGGGAUCUUUAAUGACCUCAGAGAGUCAGGACACCCGUUUAACAUCCCAUCCGAAAGACGGCACCCUACACAGGGCAGUGUCCCCAAUCACUGCCCUGGGGCAUUGGGAUAUUUUUUAGACCAGAGGAAAGAGUGCCUCCUACUGGCCCUCCAACACCACUUCCAGCAGCAUCUGGUCUCCCAUCCAGGGACUGACCAGGACCAACCCUGCUUAGCUUCAGAAGCAAGCCAGUAGUGGUAUGCAGGGUGAUAUGCUGCUGGCUGUGAUUUGCCUUUGGAAAGAGCUCCCACAAUCAUGAAGAACAUUAUGUGUCCACCAGCACUGAGCAUGACAUGCAGUGGUACCCAACCUUUUUUGUUUACUGUACCACCAACUGAAUUUUACUCUGCCUAGAGUACCCCUAAAGUACCCCCUCAUGUGCAUUUUACCAGUAACCCUAUGGUCUCAUGAGUUUUCUGAAGUAUCUCCUGUGGAUAGGACAAAUACCCCCAGGGGUCCCAGUACUCCUGGUUGAAAACCACUGUUCUGCUGGGAACUGAGGUUUUCAUUUUUUUCUUCAUCUGAAUAAUCUUUUCCCCUCUCAGUCAUAUUCACUAUCUCUCCACUUGGGUUUUAGGACAGAGAUUACUUUUUUUUUUUAAUAGUCCAGCUGAGCAAAGGAAAAAAAUGAUGGGCAUCGUGAAGAAGAUUGAUAGAGAUUCUGACAAACAUUUAAACUCAGGUUAAAAAGAAAAGAGAAUGUAUUGCCCAUUAAAAUAACAUCAAAUUGAUCAGAAAUAUCAGUGUACACAUUGCUAUGAUAGACAGAAUGGUUUGUAAAUUCUGAGUUCACUUUCCUGCUUUAGAAUGUCUGUUUAUGUACUUUAGAGCAGGAUGGGUUGCUUGAAUGAUCACUUAUCGAAAACAUAUUUAGAAAGAUGCCCAAAAGCAUGUACUUACAGUAUCUAUCAAAUAACAACCAACGUAAAUGUUAUCUUAGAUGUAGGCUGUAUGUGGUAGCUGACACCACACCAAAACACUUCCUCAUUUGAGUCAAACUAGUGAACCAAGCCCUGUGUACCAGCUGGGGGUUUCCUGUGUGUACAUUUUAACUGGCUUUGACAACCAUCAGUGCUUUCUUUACUGAAUCCACUCGCAGAAUAUAUUAUAUUUGGUCUAUUGCUGAGAUGACUUUACAAUUCAAAGAUGUAUUUUGGGGAGUGGAUUUCAUCAGUAAUGUGGGAUAUGAGGCUCUCAUCCAGAGACUCUGUGAGGGUCGACGCAUGUGCAAAGAUAUGGAGGAGCUCUUGAAGAUGAGGGCAUCUGCUGAAGAGAGAUAUGGCAAAGAGUUGGUGAUGAUUGCACGCAAGGCAGGGGGACUCUGUGAGAUCAACACUUUGAAAGCAUCCCUUGACCAACUCAAAGUCCAAAUUGAGAACAUUGGGAACCUACACAUACAACUGUCUGGGGUGUUAAAGGAAGAGGUCAAGAGGAUGGAACAGUUCAGGGAGCGACAGAAAGAGCAGAGAAAAAAGUUUGAAGGCAUCAUGGACAAGGUUCAGAAGAUAAAGGUGUCUUUAUACAAGAAAACAAUGGAGUCUAAGAGAACUUAUGACCAGAGGUGCAGAGAGGCGGAUGAGGCAGAGCAAGUUGCUGAGAGGAUGAUCAGUGUAGCUACCACCACACCCAAGCAGGCUGAGAGGGUGCACAACAAGUCUAAGCAGUGCAGGGAGGCAGCAGGAGAGGCAGAAAAACAAUACAUGUCAAAUAUUGAACAGCUAGAAAAGAUUCGUCAAGAAUGGGAAACUACACACGAGAGUACUUGUGAGGUCUUUCAGCAGCAGGAGGGAGAUCGUAUCAACAUCCUGAGGAAUGCCAUCUGGGUCCACUGUAACCAAUUCUCAAUGCAAUGUGUCAAAGAUGAUGAGUGUUAUGAAGAAGUGAGGAAAACUCUAGAACUGUGUGACAUCACGGCAGACAAUGACUGCUUUGUUGAGAUGAAAAGCACUGGCUCAAGUCCACCAGCUCCCAUUGUGUUUGAGAACUAUUAUGAGAGGGAGCCCUCGACAGACAGCAAUGGCAGUGCCUGCUUUGUAGGAGGAGUUAUGAAGAGGUUUUCAAACCUUUUGCAAGGGAACUCAUCGGCUGGCUCUAAAACAAACUUCAAUGACGGUUCACAGCCACUAGCACCACCUACUGCCAACACAUCAGAUGGAGUGUACGCCUCCAUUCCUGGAUUUCAGCAAGUGCAGCCAACCAUCUCAGAGAGCAGAGAGGAGUACCAGGCUCUGUAUGACUAUGAGGCUCAGGGUGAGGACGAGCUGUCCAUGUUUGCAGGGGAGACGGUUGUGGUCAUUGAACAAGAUAUGGAUGGCUGGUGGACUGUGAAGAGAAACGGCAUGUCAGGACUGGUCCCUGGAUCCUAUCUGGCCAAAGAAUGAACUCUUCUUGGCACAAGUAGUAACGCUAUAGGGCACAUAGCAUACCCCCACCCCGCAUGUCUUAGUUUGACCAUUUUCUCUAAGCCUUACAGGGCUGAUAAUGUUAGCUCAGUCUUGCCCAUAUGUGUUGUUGAGUGAAGUUACUGACCUGAGACCAUGGUUUUAUCUAAUGAUGGAGAUUAUUCACUUAUGUAUUGUCAAAAUGGAAAGAUGUGCACUUACCUCUUUUACUUUCCUCUCGAGUCUACAAGCACAACAGUUUGUGGGUUGUUACACAAAUAGAGUACAUUUUGCUUCCCUAUGAUAUUUUAAAUAGAAAUUGUGCAAGAAUAUUGAACUUUAAAAGCCUCCCAGCUAACAAUUAUAGAGAGAUCGUUGUUGUAAUGUUACCUGUAAUGUUCCCCUGAUGUUUGUGUCCAGUUUUCCGUUAGUUAAGGGAACAUUCUAUCUAUGUUAGCAUAAACCUUCAGAUAACCUUUUUAGCAUGUUUUGGCGUUAGUUAGAACAUUCCCUUAAUGUCAAACAGAAUAUACCCAGAACCUGGUUACCACAUUCUAAAAAUAUACAAUGUUAAUGUUCUAGACAUGUUUCAUGAGAACGUUGCAAGAACAUUCAUGUGUCCAGUUUUCUGUGGGUUAGGAGAAUAUUCCAUCAACGUCCCACCAAACAUACACAGAACAUGGUUGCCAUGUUCUCAAAACAUAAGAUAUUAAUGUUCUAGACACGUUUCAUGGGAAUGUUGCAAGAACAUUUGUGUAUCAAAUCACUGCCUUCCUGAAGACAAACAAUGUAUACGAAAUGCUUCAGUCUGGUUUUAGACCACAUCAUAGCACCGAGACUGCACUCGUGAAGGUGGUAAAUGACCUUUUAAUGGCGUCAAACCAAGGCUCUCCAUCUGUCCUCGUGCUCCUUAACCUUAGUGCUGCUUUUGAUACCAUCGAUCACCACAUUCUUUUGGAGAGAUUGGAAAUCCAAAUUGGUCUACAUGGACAAGUUUUGGCCUGGUUUAUUUCUUAUCUGUCGUUAAGAUAUCAGUUUGUCUCUGUGGAGGGUUUGUCUUCUGACAAAUCAACUGUAAAUUUCGGUGUUCCUCAAGGUUCCGUUUUAGGACCACUAUUGUUUUCACCAUAUAUUUUACCUCAUGGUGAUGUCAUUCGGAAACAUAAUGUUAACUUUCACUGCUAUGCGGACGAUACACAGCUGUACAUUUCGAUGAAACAUGGUGACGACCCAAAAUUGCCCUCACUGGAAGCCUGUGUUUCAGACAUAAGGAAGUGGAUGGCGGCAAAUUGUUUACUUUUAAACUCUUACAAAACAGAGAUGCUAGUUCUAGGUCCCAAGAAACAAAGAGAUCUUCUGUUGGAUCUGACAAUUAAUCUUGAUGGUUGUACAGUCGUCUCAAAUAAAACCUUGGCAUUACUAUGGACCCUGAUCUCUCUUUUGACGAACUAAUCAAGCAUAUUUCAAGGACAGCUUUUUUCCAUCUUUGUAACAUUGCAAAAAUCUGAAACUUUCUGUCCAAAAAUGCAGAAAAAUUAAUCCAUGCUUUUGUCACUUCUAGAUUAGACUACUGCAAUGCUCUACUUUAUGGUUACCCGGAUAAAGCACUAAAUAAACUUCAGUUAGUGCUAAACACGGCUGCUAGAAUCUUGACUAGAACCAGAAUGUGAUCAUAUUACUUCAGUGCUAGCCUCUCUACACUGGCUUCCUGUUAAGGCUAGGGCUGAUUUUAAGGUUUUACUGCUAACCUACAAAGCAUAACAUGGGCUUGCUCCUACCUAUCUUUCCGAUUUGGUCCUGCCGUACAUACCUACAGGUACGCUACGUUCACAAGAUGCAGGCCUCCUUACUGUCCCUAGAAUUUCUAAGCAGACUGCUGGAGGCAGGGCUUUCUCCUAUAGAGCUACAUUUUUAUGGAAUGUUCUGCCUACCCAUGAGAGAGACGCAGACUCGGUCUUGACCUUUAAGUCUUUAUUGAAGACUCAUCUCUUCAGUAGGUCCUAUGAUUGAGUUUAGUCUUGCCCAGGGGUGUGAAGGUGAACGGAAAGGCACUGGAGCGACGAAUCGCCCUUGCUGUCUCUGCCUGGCCGGUUCCCCUCACUCCAGUGGGAUUCUCUGCCUCUAACCAUAUUCCGGGGGCUGAGUCACUGGCUUACUGGUGCUCUUCCAUGCUGUCCCUAGGAGGGGUGCGUCACUUGAGUGGGUUGAGUCACUGACGUGAUCUUCCUGUCCGGGUUGGCGACCCCCUCGGGUUUGUGCCGUGGGGGAGGUCUUCGUGGGCUAUACUCGGCCUUGUCUCAGGGUAGUAGGUUGGUGGUUGAAGAUAUCCCUCUAGUGGUAUGGGGGCUGUGCCUUGGCAAAGUGGGUGGGGUUAUAUCCUGUCUGUUUGGCCCUGUCCGGGGGUAUCGUCGGACAGGGCCACAGUGUCUCCCGACCCCUCCUGUCUCAGCCUCCAGUAUUUACGCUGCAAUAGUUUAUGUGUCGGGGGGCUAGGGUCAGUCUGUUAUAUCUGGAGUAUUUCUCAUGUCUUAUCCGGUGUCCUGUGUGAAUUUAAGUAUGCUCCCUCUAAAUCUCUCUUCUCUCAGAGGACCUGAGCCCUAGGACCAUGCCUCAGGACUACCUGGCCUGAUGACUCCUUGCUGUCCCCAGUCCACCUGGUCAUGCUGCUGCUCUAGUUUCAACUGUUCUGUCUGCGGCUAUGGAACCCAGACCUGUUCACUGGACGUGCUACCUUGUCCCGGACCUGCUGUUUUGGACUCUCUCUCUACUGCACAUGCACCUGCACCUGCUGUAACUCUGAAUGAUCGGCUAUGAAAAGCCAACUGACAUUUACUCCUGAGGUGCUGACCUGUUCCACCCUCUACAACCACUGUGAUUAUUAUUAUCUGACUCUGCUGGUCAUCUUUGAACAUUUGAACAUCUUGGCCAUGUUCUGUUAUAAUCUCCAUCCGCCACAGCCAGAAGAGAACUGGCCACCCGUCAUAGCCUGGUUCCUCUCUAGGUUUCUUCCUAGGUUCCAGCCUUUCUAGGGAGUUUUUCCUAGCAACCGCGCUUCUACAUCUGCAUUCCUUGGAGUUUGGGGUUUUAUGCUGGGUUUCUGUAAGGCACUUUGUGACAUUGGCUGAUGUAAAAAGGGCUUUAUAAAUGAAUUUGAUUUAUUGAAUGUUCUUACAACAUUCCCUUGAAGCAUGUCUAGAACAUAUCUUAAAUUACCACAUUCUGGGUAAGUUCUAUUUGACAUUAAUGAAAUGGUUUCUUGGAAGCAUUCCUUGCACAUAACGGGAACAUUCCUAUGAAAACAUUAGUUAAUGGUCUACUGAGACUCUUAAGGGAAUGUUCUCCAAAGUUGUUGGAACAUCUUUGUUAGCUGGGCUGUUACAUUAAAUGAAGCGCCCCUCUGCGCUGAUGUCUCCAAUGUGAUAGGGGAGUAUAAGCCAAUUUGGUUUCAACAGUGUGUUGUUAUUCUCUUUGAGAUUUUGUCUUUGAAAUUUGUAUUAAGAAAAUUGGUAGUAGUAAUAAUUUGUCAUACAGUAAAUAUUUUCUCUGGAUUUCCUGAAUCAGAAAUACCCUCAACUGUUUUUCUGGUUUGUCCUCUCUCGGGGUUAUGGCGUAGGUGACCAUAGAUGGUUUCUAGAUGCAUGGAAGGGUUAAUUCGACCGAGAACAGUGUGAGCCUCACCCCCUCUAACCUAAUGGCGUUCACUAUGGCCCUGUCCUUCACCACUUCUACCUGAGUCCGAGCCAGCAACCUGUACACAGCAUCCAGUCGAAGCUAUCAACUGCCUUUUCUCUCAGGAGGGCAGCAUGAGUCCACGUGGAGUGUGUAUGAAGAGAUCCCGUCCAAACUUCUCUCAUGCUGCUGGUGUACUGGUCGGAAAAUGGACAAGACUUAAUGCACCAUAAAGGAUGGUGGUGGCAGCUCAGGUGAGAGAUUUGUCUGCUUGGGAAAAAUCUGAUUAUUCCCAGAUAUUGGAAUCGGGACAUUAUCAAGGGCCAUCCACUUUGAACAUGUGCCAUUGAGAGGACAAACUGAAACACUAUUUGAAGAAGAAAAUGAAGAAACGCCAGAAGAAUGAGUGCCGGGAAGGAGGGGGGUGGUCAAGUGUGCCUGUAAUUGAUUUAUGCUUGUCCAAAAAGUUUUAUUUGGGGUAUCAGGUUGAUUGUGGAGGUCUGCACACUGCAAAAUGUAUAGUAAUUUAUACAAAAAAAUGCAUUGCGAUACCGUCUUGUCAUUAACACAGGGACAAAUGGGGCCCGGGAUGAGAAAAUGUAAUGCUAGAAAUAUAAGAUGAAUAUAAUGUAUGUCAAUGUUAGUAGUGCAUGCUGUAUAUUUAUUUCCCUGUCUGUAAAUUUACAUUCUGCCAGUGUGUACUAAGUUGAGGGUCUUAAAUUCGAGUGAUAGACUCAACGCGACGCAGAAGGGACUGUUAUUUUAAAUUUGGGUUGGAUAAUUUAACAAAGUCAAAAGCCAGAAUCCAUAAAUGAAAUUGUGUAUUCAAGCAUAUGUGUAACUGUAUGAAAUGAAGGUCUUAAGUUAAAACAUUCUACUGCAAUGGUUUUACAAGUAAGGGGUAUGGAAUAAGGAUCAGUUACUAGUUGGAGUGUACAACCCAGAAUGAAGGGUUUGAAAGUGUCUGUGGUUUUCAUGCGUUCAUUUUGUUUACUUAUAAUGAUGUAUUUUGAUAGUUUAAGCAAUAACCAAAUGAAUAAAAUGUAAUAAUAAUUAUCACAGAGUGAUAAGAGGAGGGAGUAUACCAGAAUGUUUUUUUGUCUGAAGCGAUAGCCUUUAAUUGUACUUCUUGACUCACACAAUCAUUGGUUCCUAUAGGUGCUGGGUAGAGAUAUGAGGGGCAGACGGUUCCCCUCUAAAGACUUUUUGUCAGAAUGCCCAGAAUAAGUUCUAUAAAUUUAGGUAGGAGACGGUGCCAGCCACAUGCAGGAACCAACCCUAUGAACCAUGCCUAUGUAAGUUUUUUGUAUAGCCGUAUAUAAGAGAACUAAUGGGACUGCCCCGGCAGAGCUCCUGACAGAUGUGUACUAUGGUGCAUUAAGUUUGUUGGAACCUCUCCAACUUGCUGAUAAUAAAGAAUGAUUCAUUUGAGUUUGA